AAAUGGCAGUGCUUCAUGGUUUCCACAAAUGUUUGAAUCAGCAAAAAUAUUUUCAACAUUGAUAGUGUAUAAUAAAAUGUGUCUUGAGCGCCGAAAAAAGCAUAUUAGAAUGAUUUCUGAGGGAUCAUGUGACACUGAAGACUGAAGUAAUGGUUUAUCUUUGCAUAUUCAAAAUUACAUUUUAAAAUAUGUUAGAAUAGAAAACAGUUCAAUAUUACCUUGGAGUGCAUAUAAGACAGAAACAUUCCAAACUUUUGACCAGUAGUGUGCUAAAUGAUAUUAGUAGUACUAUAUCAAUUUAUAUUAAUAGUAUAAUCCUAAUAAUUGAAAAUUAUAAUUUGUGUAAAAGUUAAUCGUAAAUAUGCUUCAUAAGCUUAGCGAGAAAUGUUUAUCCCUUACAUGCUGUAAUUAUGAAAUGCCAACAUCCUAACUGUGUUUUGAUUGGAUCAGUAUCUCCACCAUAAAUAUGGCCUGGAUUUCUGAUGCUUGCGCUACCCAGGAGUUGUUUCUGCCCACACCAAGCCAGGAGGAGGCACUACUGAUUAUGCUGUCCAGAUAUUUCACGAUGCCCUCAGCACCGGCCACCAUGAAUGUUACUUGCGCUCCAACACUCGGCUUCCCAUGAUGCACAUAUCUGACUGCCACAGGGCCACCAUUGAGUUUAUGCAGGCCCCUGAAAGCCAACUUUCCCUGCGCACUUACAACAUCGCAGCUAUGAGCUUCACACCUGAAGAAGUGGUGGAAGAGAUUCGCAAAUACCUGCCCCACUUGAGGGUCACAUACAAUCCUGAUACCAUCCGGCAGACUAUUGCGGACAGCUGGCCAGUGCGGUUUGAUGACUCUAACGCACGUCAGGACUGGGGCUGGAAGCCUGCGUAUGGCCUGUCAGAGCUGGUCACAGACAUGCUGGCCUCCAUCCGUGAAAAAAACAAUGCAGGACUACCUGCCAGCUAGCAGGUCUUCUCAG